AGACAGAAGCUAUAAACGUUCAGUCUGAUGGCACGAUUAUUUCAGACGGUCGACAUGUCGCUGAUCAAGUUGGUGCUUUUUGCUUUGGUGGGGUUUGCCUGGGUUAUUGCUGAGGAAGAGGUUCAAGUGGAAAUUCCACAGGGUCCACUGAAGGGUUUAAAAACACAAACAGUAUGGCAUAAUAUGCCGUAUUACAGUUUCAAAGGGAUACCUUAUGCAAAGCCUAAUGUUGGUGUUGACAAGUUCAGGAUGCCAGAGCCUGCUGAUUCUUGGGAAGGUGUUUAUGAUGCUACCAAACAUCGUUCGACCUGUCCAUUCUUUUGCAUGCUUAAACAAGAUCUUUUGGGUGACGAGGAUUGUCUCUAUCUUAACGUUUACACUCCAGAAAUGAACAAAGAUGCUCGUAAAGCUGUAAUGGUUUGGAUUCAUGGUGGUUCUUGGAAUGCAGGAUUUGGAGAUGAUGCCAUUUAUGGGCCAGAUUUUCUUGUCGAACAGGACGUCGUUGUCGUUACUUUCAAUUACAGACUCGGCGCUCUUGGUUUCUUAAAUACUGGCGAUGAACAUGCUCCUGGAAACGCUGGUAUGAAAGAUCAAGUAAUGGCACUUAUGUGGGUGAAAGAUAACAUACAUUAUUUUGGAGGAUGUCCAAACAGAGUCACCAUAUUUGGUCAAAGCUCUGGUGGUGCCUCUGUUCAGUAUCACAUGAUGUCUCCGAUGUCAGAAGGAUUGUUCAACAACGUUAUUGCUCAAAGUGGAGCAAUAUUGAACCCAUGGGCAAUAGAAUAUAAACCUAAAGAAAUGGCUUUUAAAUUGGGUGAGAAACUUGGAAUUAGUACCCAGGAUACUGGUGAAUUGAUCAAAAAACUUGCUGAAUUUUCUGCAAAAGACAUAGUUACAGCGACUAAAGAGAUGAUGAAUGAUAUUAAUACAGCGAAUGGACAUUUACAAGUAUUUGUACCAUCAGUGGAAUAUGAUUUUGGUCAGGACGUAUUCUUAACAACUGAUCCUUGGACUCUUAUCAAAACUGGAAAAAUUGCUGAUGUACCGAUUAUGGGUGGUGUUACGUUAGAAGAAGCAAGUUUCUUUGCUGAAUUAAUGUUGCCACAUGCUGAUCAUUUCAAUAAUCAGUUCGAAGUUUUCUUACCUGAUGAUUUAAAUGUAACCGAUCCUACUCAAAGAAAACAAUUAGGCGAAUCUAUAAAGGAAUUCUAUUUUCAUGGUAAAGACAUUUCCAAGGAUACCCUAAAAGAAUUCACGCAGAUGUUGACCGAUGCUUACUUUACUGCCGGAGCUGCAUUUUCUCUAAAUUUUAUAACUCACAGAAAUACAGCACCGGUUUAUCAAUAUAUAUUCGAAUAUGAAGCUCCAUUUGGUAUCAUGAAAAAUGUGGUUAACUCUGAGAAAGGUAUAGCCCAUGGGGAUGAAUUAGGUUACGAAUUUUAUUCGAACAUUUUCAAAAAUUUACCUAAAUCUGGUUCACCCGAAGAAAAAAUGACGCGGAUUAUCACUAAAUUAUGGACGAAUUUUGCUAAAGAUGGAAAUCCGACUUCUAAGCUAGACGAAGACAUUACUAUUAAUUGGGAGCCAAAAAAUAAAGAGAUAUGCAAAUAUAUUCACAUCAAUCAAGAUUUGAAGAUGGACGCACAUUUAUUAGGAGACAGAGUUCCAUUAUGGGCAGAAUUAUAUAAAAAUGUUUUCAAUUCAUAAUUAUCAAUGCAUAUAUUAUAUUAUAUUCGAUAAGCAUAUAUAU